AUGUUAGAGCAGUUGCUGAUAUUCACUAGGGGGGGUUUAAUCCUAUGGACUUGUAAGGAGCUUGGAAAUGCCCUUAGAGGCUCUCCUAUUGACACUUUAAUCAGAUCCUGUCUUUUAGAGGAACGAUCAGGUGCAGCAUCUUAUAAUUAUGAUGCUCCAGGUGCUGCUUACACCCUCAAGUGGACCUUCCACAAUGAGCUUGGCCUUGUAUUUGUGGCGGUGUAUCAAAGGAUUCUUCAUUUAUUGUAUGUGGAUGAUUUGCUUGCAAUGGUGAAGCAGGGGUUUUCUGAGAUAUAUGAUCCAAAGCGGAUGGUCUAUGAUGAUUUUGAUGAAACUUUUAGGCAACUUAGAAUGGAGGCUGAGGCUCGUGCUAAUGAGUUGAAAAAAACAAAGCAGGUGGGAAAGCCAUUGAACAAUGCCAGGAAGCAAGGGCAGGAUAAAAAAACUGGAUUUGGAGAAAACAAGAAAAGCAACAGUGGUUUGGCAGAAGAUGGUGAGGCUGAGCGUACAAAAGGACAUAAGUUGGAGAAUGGUUACUCCAAUGGCAAUCAUGUUGUAGAAUCUAAACUGACUGCUGUCGUUAAUGGAAAAGAAAAUGCAAGUUCCAAUGUUGGGGCUUUUGAUGUAAAUAAACUUCAGAAGCUUAGGUCUAAAGGUGGGAAGAAAACUGAUACUGUUGCUAACAAGGGCUCCAAGGAAGAGCCAAAGAAAAAGGUAACAAAGAAGAAUAGAGUUUGGGAUGAGAAACCUACUGAGGCAAAAUUAGACUUCACAGAUCCUGUGGGUGAGAAUGGGGAUAACAACAUCGAAGUUUUGGCAGCAGAUCAGGGCCAAAGUAUGAUGGACAAAGAAGAGGUAUUUAGUAGUGACAGUGAGGAUGAAGAAGAUGAGGAUGGUGACAAGGGCGGUAAGCCCGAUGCUAAGAAGAAAGGAUGGUUUUCAACCAUGUUCCAGAGUAUCUCAGGCAAGGCAAGUUUGGACAAGGCAGACCUGGAACCCGCUCUGAAGGCUCUCAAGGACAGGCUUAUGACAAAGAAUGUGGCUGAGGAGAUAGCCGAGAAACUUUGUGAAUCAGUAGCAGCUAGUCUCGAGGGAAAAAAGUUAGCUUCUUUCACGAGGAUUUCUUCAACUGUGCAGGCUGCAAUGGAAGAAGCCCUAGUCCGUAUACUGACUCCUAGACGCUCCAUCGACAUUCUGAGGGAUGUGCAUGCUGCAAAAGAACAAAAGAAGCCUUAUGUGGUAGUGUUCGUUGGGGUCAAUGGAGUUGGAAAAUCUACUAAUCUUGCCAAGGUGGCCUAUUGGCUUCUGCAGCAUAAAGUUAGUGUCAUGAUGGCCGCUUGUGAUACAUUUAGAUCUGGAGCCGUGGAACAGCUUAGAACUCAUGCUCGUAGACUUCAGAUCCCUAUAUUUGAGAAGGGCUAUGAGAAAGAUCCUGCGGUUGUAGCUAAAGAAGCAAUCCAAGAAGCAUCCCGCAAUGGAUCAGAUGUGGUUCUUGUUGAUACAGCUGGGAGAAUGCAGGAUAAUGAACCACUCAUGAGAGCUCUCUCAAAGCUUAUCAACCUUAACAGUCCGGAUCUGGUCUUGUUUGUCGGGGAGGCCCUCGUUGGGAAUGAUGCCGUCGAUCAACUUUCGAAGUUCAAUCAGAAACUAGCUGACCUCUCAACUUCACCCCAACCUAGACUGAUUGAUGGUAUCUUGCUCACAAAGUUUGACACCAUCGACGACAAGGUUGGAGCAGCAUUGUCUAUGGUUUACAUAUCUGGAGCACCGGUAAUGUUUGUCGGCUGUGGACAGUCGUAUACCGACCUCAAGAAGCUCAAUGUCAAAUCAAUCGUCAAAACGCUUAUCAAAUGAGGCCUAUGCCAGUACAAACACUCCCUUAGAUGUAUUUGAUCAUGAGAUUUAUGAGUUUGUUUGUGUUGUUUGAUUGUCCCCUAUGACCACCCAAUUCCCACACACAUAUAUAUAACUUCAAGUAUAUGGACUCAGUGGUGUAAUGUUUAUCCUCUUUAGCUUGUUGGAUUGUGGAUUGUUUUUUCCCCUUCUCUUCCCAUGGCUUCUCUGUAUAUGAUGAGGUUGGCUUUUUUGGCCAUUUUAAUUAUGUGGAGUUUUUUGUUUUUUGUUA